UGCUGAUAUUUACUGCCUAGUCACAGACGUUCUGACCGGGUUUCUGUGAUGGGCCAUCGAAAGCCUGACUAGGCUGGAGUAUAUAGUAUUUUCCAUUGUACAAUGCUGUGCUACAUUUCAACCCUGGUGUUUCGUCAAAGUAUUUUCGAAGUACAAAUAUUCUAAACGUCAUUGACUUUUUUAGGAAAAGUUUUUUUCGGUACCAGACUCCCAAAACGACAACGUUUUCUUAAUAAGGGGAACCGAUUGAUAUGGGUCGCAAUUAGUCGUAUAUUAGCUAUCUUCUACGAACCGAUGUGCUAUUCGCAUUUUAAGGUAAUUAUCGACAAGGAUAUGGAAAUGUAUGAAUUUUCUGUAGGAAAUAUAAUGCACUUGUGAAACCUUUUCUAAAAAAUCUGAGAACCGUGCGUUUUGAAAAUUCUGGUACAUAAACGGUGUUAAUUCGAAUAAAAUCAUUAGUUUCAUUGGAUUAAACUUAGUAUCAUCGUCUAAAUAUUUUGAAAUAACAAAGUAAGAAAAUCACGCGUCUUAUUAAAUCAAUAAAACGAUUGCCUUCUAUUCGCUUUAUCGAAUUCCGAUUCACUUAAAGUAUUCCUGUCUCACGGACCUAGUAUCGGUAUUCAGCACAAGUCAUGUUAUCAGAUCCUCCCCAAGUGCACUGGUUAUAUAGCAGUUAGCUAAAAGAGCCACACGACCAAAUAGCUAAAACCACACAGCUACUUGUGCGAGUGCCGAUACUCUAAUGGAAGACGCCGCAGAUCGCCCAAAUACCCCUCCCCAUACUGAGGCAGGAGCACACAUCAAGGAAUGGGACUCUGCUAAGGAUAUAGGCGCUGUCCAAGGGAACAACAUGCUGCAAGCCCACUGUAGCCAAAGCGUCUUUGCUGAUCGUCCCGGUGACGCCAAAAGUGAAGUGAAUUUAGAUACAAACAUCAAGGCAGCACGUCAGCACCCUACUAGCGAUGUUGAGGGUGCUGUUCAAGGUGUGCGCGCUCAAGGUGCCUUCACGCGCCGUUCGGAGGAUGUUCAGGGUGUCUCGCGAGGUCGAAAGCGCCUGAGGUGCCUAGUGGUGUCCCUGGGAGUGGGUGUAGCCCUUGUUGCUAUAGUCGUACCCACUGCUGUGGUCAUGAAGACAAGUACCAAAGGAUUGAAGAGGAGUGCUUACACGGACAGCCUCCCUGAUACGCAUGCGUGGAGCUCAUGGACCACGUGUAGCGUCACGUGUGGGGGAGGCAGCCAAUCACGAACAAGAAACUGCGCAAGCUCCGCCCCCAUACAUAACUAUACCUCGAACUGCUCAGAUGACGUAAUUACACAGCAAACAAAGCAUUGUGGUCACGUGGCCUGUCCAGAAAGCGAUACUUGGACCGCCUGGUCCACUUGGACUAUGUGCAGCGAAGAGGGCCGUAGCUUAAGAGAACGUUACUGCACCAGAACCUCCAUUCAAAGUAAAGCAAGUGAUUGCAAAGGACCCCACCAGGAAAGCAAGCCCUGUCCAUUAGCCGGUAGCUGGUCGGCGUGGUCUAACUGGGCGCAUUGUGACACCGAGGGUCACAGCUCACGAGCGCGUAACUGCACAAGGCCCGCUCCUCGGCAUGGAAGACAAGAUUGUCAAGGGACUAGCCGGGAAACCAAAAACUGUACCUUGUAUAGGUCAUGUGGUAGUAUUCUUCGCUACGACGCCAUCGCUAGAGACACAAGCACCGGGUACGCUGUACCUGCUGGCUGGUUGCUAUGCUACAUUGACCAACGAGACACCUCAUUCCAUGCCACACCUUGUCAAGACCUCAUAGUCCACGUCCAAGCCUCCAGCCUCCGAGGCUAUGCUGACUAUCAAGCACUUCUAGGGGCGGGCGGGAACUUCGGCUGUUGGCAUGGUCACACUGGAGCCACGUAUGGCCCAUCAAAUGCCACAAAUAACGUUAUCAAAGAAGCAUGCAAAAGUAAUGUUCAGCAAACAGAUCGAUUAGAUGCGUGGGAUGUGAGCAAAACCACUUUCGGUGUAUGUAUCAAGUUGCCUUGACACUAAUGGCUGCAUGAAAUCACAGAAGAGGGGCGUGGGACGUAGGACGUUGGGCGUGAUUUUAUCGGUCCGCCAUCAUCUAUAAUUCUAGAGCUCUUUAUAAGUCUUGAUUUUUCUUUUACUUAGUUUGGACCGCUAAGUACCAGGAGCUGAACACUCCUACGCGGCUCUAUCUGGUCGAUUUUUUAAGAUUGUAAGACCGGAUCCGAGUAUAGGAGAGUUCAAGUACCAGACAAAAAGUACCGCGCAUAUCAAGCAUUCCACCAGGGGCGGGGUUAGGGGAGGAGGGGAGUUGGGUCCAAGUGCAUACACUCGAUUGACAAAACGUUGUCGUCAACUUCAGGCAUAGGCUAAUAUAUGAAGCAAGCCGCUUCAGUGGUCUUUACCCAUGCUUACAUGCGGGCUUGUCGCGUAGUCGCGAAGCCGGUUGACGACAACGUUUUGUCAAUCGAGUGUAUACUCUCUACGACUGAUCAGCUACAAGCUUGGGGUUUAGGAGGCCUGUUAAGCAUUGUGAUUUUCUACUGGCCUCCUUGUUGUACAUUUUAUAAGCGUGCUUUAAUAUUUCGUUUAAUAACGUGAAAAAUGCAUUUUGAGUGAAUAAAUGUAAACUGAAACUUACCCUGGGGACCAGAGGCUCCAAGCUUCAAUAGAGCCGCGAAGCGGCGUCAACCCUUAGCGGCUGCAGCGUGAACCCUUAGCGGCUGCGGCGUGAACCCUUAGCGGCUGCGGCGUCAACCCUUAGCGGCUGCGGCGUCAACCCUUAGCGGCUGCGGCGUCAACCCUUAGCGGCUGCGGCGUCAACCCUUAGCGGCUCUAGUGAAGCUUGGAGCCUCUGGUACCCAGGGUAACUGAAACUAAGC